UUUUCGGUCCACCAGAAAAAAAAGCGACGCCUGAGAGCGACGCUUGCAGCUGAUGUACCGCUGGCUCAAAAAUGGAGAGCGACACCACUGUCCGGAGAAUAAAAGCCUUCGGGACACAGAAUUAUGUAGCGGAAGAUAACGACGGUUCCCGGGACCGGUGCGGCGAUAACGGCUACAGCGGUGAGCCAGAGAGGAAGCCUGAAGUGAACAUCUACUUGCUGCGGGAAGGGCUGGCAGCUUCCCUGGUCUCUGUGUUUAUUUUGGUGCUGUGGGGACUCGUUCAUUUGUCGUUACAGCAGCUCGUCAUUGGAAAGCCGACCGGCGAGUUCAACGCAGUGAGAGCCAGGCAGCACUUGGAGCAGAUCACCAGCGUCGGCCCUCGUCCAGUGGGCAGCCCGGAGAAUGAGGUCCUGACUGUAAACUACCUGUUGAAGCAGAUUCAGAAUAUCCAGGCUGAGACAGCAGCGGGCCCCCAUCAGCUCACGGUGGACGUGCAGCGUCCUACAGGCUCUUUCUCUAUCGACUUCCUUGGAGGCUUCACCAGCUUCUAUGAUCAUGUCACCAACAUCGCUGUCAGACUGGAGCCCAAGGGUGGGGCGCAGCAUCUCAUGCUAGCCAACUGCCACUUUGACUCAGUUGCCAACAGUCCAGGUGCCAGUGAUGAUGCAGUGAGCUGUGCAGUGAUGCUAGAAGUCCUCCAUUCUCUGGCCAACCAGUCUACUCCUCUUCAUCAUGGAGUCGUCUUCCUUUUUAAUGGUGCAGAAGAAAAUAUCCUCCAGGCCAGUCAUGGUUUCAUUACCCAGCAUCCCUGGGCAAAGCAGGUGCGAGCUUUUAUUAACCUGGAGGCUGCAGGUGUUGGGGGCAAGGAGGUUGUUUUCCAGACAGGUCCAGAGAACCCGUGGCUGGUACAGGCGUAUGUUCAGGCAGCCAAGCAUCCCUUCGCCUCUGUGGUGGGUCAGGAGGUCUUUCAGAGCGGCAUCAUCCCCUCUGACACUGACUUCCGCAUCUACAGGGACUUUGGUAACAUCCCAGGCAUUGAUCUGGCUUUUAUUGAAAACGGUUUUAUCUACCAUACCAAGUACGACACUGCUGACAGGAUCCUCACUGACUCAAUACAGAGAGCAGGCGACAACAUCCUGGCGGUCCUGAGGUACUUGAUGAUGUCAGAGAAGUUGGCUGAUUCCUCAGAGUAUCGACAUGGCAACAUGGUGUUUUUUGACCUGUUAGGGGUGGUAGUUGUGGCGUACCCGGCUCGUGUUGGCACCAUCCUCAACUACAUGGUUGCCACGGCCACUUUCCUCUAUCUGGCCAAGAAAGCCUCUCUGCCAGGAAACGGCGGUGGUCGCUAUAUCCGAGACCUGGCCUGUGCCACAGGUGUAGCAGUCCUCAGCUGGUUCGUCACCCUGCUCUCGGUGCUGAUCGUAGCAUUGAUCAUCACGCUCCUGGGCCGCUCCAUGUUUUGGUACAACCACUUCUACGCCUCCAUCUGCCUGUACGGGUCUGCUGCCACAGGCAAGAUGGUGCUCGUUCACACGCUGGCAAAGAACUUGUACUUUGGAGGUGUUCGUUUGGUGGAGUUGGGCGAUCUCUUCUUUGAUGUGAGCAUCCUGUUGUGGUGCUGCAGCCUGGUGUGGCUGACCCAGCAGGGCCUGUGCUCAGCCUAUGUGCCCAUGCUGAUGGUGGCCUUCCCCCUGGCCACCAGACUGCUGCUGGCUAGAGAAUUUAAACACAAAGGAGCAUCAGUGAAGUACAGUGUGCUCUACUUGUUGGGUCUGGCUCUGCCGUAUGUCCACUUCAUGUUCCUCAUCUGGGUGGUGUUUGAGAUUUUCACCCCCAUCAUGGGUCGCAGUGGCACAGAGAUACCUCCUGAAGUGGUGCUGGCUACCUUGGUCACGCUUGCCACCAUCUUCCUCUCCUCUUUUUUUCUGCAUUUCAUCUACUUGGCACGGAGCACUAAGUGGAUCCUGGCUGGCCUGGCUUCAGUAUUCAUCAUCGUGCUUCUAUUGGUGUCCAGUGGCCUCCUCUUUCCUUACUCCGGCAGUCCAGACAGCCCCAGGCCUAAAAGAGUCUUCCUGCAGCAUACGACCAGGACCUUCCACAACCUGCAGGGCCGGGUGGAGAGCCGGGACUCCGGUGUGUGGAUCAACAGCUUUGACUACACAGCCAUACAGCACAUCUCACCCCUCAUCCCCGAGAUCAAUGACAGCAUUCGCACGCACUGCAGAGAGGACCGACCCUUCUGUGGUUACCCCUGGUUCCUUCCCGUCAAGUUCCUCAGCAAGAAGAACUGGUACCUCCCUGCUCCAGAAGUGUCUCCCAGCUCUCCAGUGGAGUUCAGCCUGCUGUCUAAAGAAGAGACCAGCUGGGGGACGGUCAAGAUGACUUUCAGCGCUAAAGGCCCCAGCCACAUGUCUCUGUACCUGAUGCCUCACAAAGGAGCCAGCCUUUCCACCUGGUCCUUCGGGGAUGGAACGCCCCAGUUCGACCUGAGCGGGGAAUAUUUCAUCUUCUAUUCUCACGGCCUCGACGCCCCAUCGUGGACCUUCUGGUUCGAAAUUCAGCCCCCCAGAGACCCAGACCCGUCAGGUCCGGAGGGGAUGAUCUCUGUUGCCAUUUCCUCUCACUAUUUCUUUGGACAAGACCAGAGGACUGCUCAGCUAGAGGAAAUCCUAAGCAGGUUUCCCACAUGGACUUUCCCUUCAUCUUGGGUCAGUACCUACGACAUGUACCGAUACUGAGGACGUCACGGAGCAUGAUGAUGACGAUGAGAAAUGCCGAGGGGGCUGCAGGGGCCCCCCCCGAGGAGGAAACAAUACAAGGAGGACAACAAGCCCUGCUGCCUUUUCACUCUGACACAAACUCACACUCUCUCUCUCUCACACACACACUCACGCUCCCUCCCAGCCUGCCUGAGAGACCCCCAUCACUGUGUCAGUAGGCUUAGUAGCUAACAAAGCAGGAAGACAUGCCAGAGGUAAGCUGAUCACAGGCUGAAAAAGUCACCGUCCGAUGCUGCGGUCGCCACAAGCCUCGUGCUCAUUCCUGGGUUAGUGAAGGAAAGGAGUUAGGGUUUUUUUUUUUUAUAAUCUGCUGUGCCUUUGCUUUUCUCACUCCAUCUCACUCCAACUCAUUUCCUCCUGUUCUUUCUUGCUCACGAUGACACUCUUCCUGAGUGAAUGAGGUUGCAUGGCUAAAAUUCAUUCUCAAGGGUUCAAGUGUCUCCGGCUUCCUCUGCUUAAAACAAAAAAGGAACCUCACCCUACCGUCUGCAAUCUACCUAAGUAUCUGUUGUUUAAGGGAGAAAAACAACCCUGCUUUCAUCCACCUUUAACUCCUUUAACUGGAAACCUUGACACCUCAAAAGUCACCUUUUAUCUACAUUUUCUUGUCUGUUAUCAGCUAACUGUGAAAAAACAUAGCGUUAUCAUUCCACCGCUGAUUUACGGCGAGUCGUACCCCUAUGUCACAAUGAAGAAUGCCAUCAAUCUGCUUUAAAUGUCAGAGAAUCUGGCAUGCAGCUGCAGAGAUCUGUGCCUGUUAAACCAAAACAGACGCAAUCAAAAUGUCAUUGUGUCCUUUUAAAAAAGAGUAGCGCUCCUGAGGGUAAUGUGGGGUUUUGAUUUUGGGCUUGAUGAGGAUGAGACCAAAACUAAUUGUGAAAUCAGGCCUUACUGCGGCCUAAAUAUCCCAGGGGGGAAAGCAGCUAUGCAGCUCCACGGUCAUUAGCAGCGUCAUUGUCAGUCAGCCUGUUCCGUUCCAUGUGGGAGUAUUCAUUAUAACAUGUGCAGUUACUGUAAUAGUAUUUAUUGUUGAUUACUUAAUGCUGCAGGCUGUCUCCAGCAGCACCAAUAACUACACCCCCUCCACACUUGAGAUUUCAGGAGCUUGUCUUUCCCCCACACACACACACACACACACACACACACACACACACACACACACACACACACACACACACACACACACACACACACACACACACACACACACACACACACACACACACACCUCACAGUGACAGAUUAUCUGUGUCGGAUGCGCUCUCAAAACUUGAAAACGACCUUUGGUUUAAGUGAGAGGGAGGCAGGUUAGGGCAUGAAGAGGUAGUCAACAGCAAUGUUGACUGUCUCUGUGUUUAUAUCACUACAUCAAACAAAAGGUCAAUACCUCAAUACAAUAACAACUGUGAGAAACAUAAUACUGACAACCGAGGAGAACAACGAAGCACUACGAAGCAGAGGAAUGUCACUCACCAGGACUGACCCCUCCCCCACCCUUAAAACCACAUACAUGCAAAUGAUCAGAAAAGCAAUUUAUGGAACAUGUAUAUUUUUUAUUGUCCAUCAUUACAAGGAAAUUAAUACUCUCUUUCUUUCUUGGAAUACGUCUAGAGGAGUUAUUUGCGGAUGGAUCAAUAUAGAGAAAAAAAUAAAGCACACAAAGAUAUAACACCUUUAUUACAGACAGUACAUCAUCAUAGUUUUAGCUACAAUGAAAUCUGGUCCAUAUAUUCUUUGCACACAUACUGUAAUAAAACUAACUUCAACAUCUGCUGUCCUGAUUGGUGCUGCUGCAGAUAGCUCAUAGCAUUAACUGUAAUCCACUCACUUGUCAUUUUAUGGUCUGUGUCACUAAUAUUUAACUUGUCUUAUGUGGAGCUGCAUCUUUGUUGUUUCAAUCCCGAGUAUCACAACCACAGCCCGGUGAAAACGAUCUGUGUGAUGAGUCUGCGUCACACCUCAUCAACCCCACAGACCCUGUGUAAGGAUUUAGGGUUCUUUUGCGAUUCAGGGCCGUGACAUCCGUUUUGGAAAAUUCUAUAAAUUUGAUGUUUGAAAAAUAUGUGGCAGCGCUACCUCCUCGAUGAUUAGAACUUAGGGCCCAACAUCAAGAUAAGAGAUGCAAUUUUUCUCACAUUUUGAAUGUUGUUGAAGAGAUUUGACUAACUAGAGUUAGAAAGAGAGAUUAUAAUGAGAGAGAUUUGUCUGUGGGCUUCCUCUGUGUCCUGCUACAGAGGGGAGGUUUCUAGAUUUAUCUGCAGAGGUCUGGUACCGUUUCAUUAUGAUAGUAAAAUCAUAAUGCUGUGACGUCAAAAAUCGUCCCACUUUCUAAUAAAAUCCCCAAAACAAAUGUCACAUCGUGGCUUGUUUGCAGCCCCCCCUCCCCUCACCCCCUUAUUUACUCACAGCUCACAGCUUGAAUCAGGUUGUAAAAAAAUCUUGGGAGAUUGCUUGCACUUGGGAAAUCAGCAAAGCAAAAACACCUUUGGUCCACGUAUUUCACUCAGUGAUGUGUUGUCGUCAUGAUCCGUGUCGUCCCGUUUGGCUUCAGUCACACAAAACAAGAAAACGCUGACAUAAAAGGAGGCCUUAACAUUUCGCUUCCAAAGACGCACAAAAUGUUUACUGUUGUGGAUCAGAAGAAGAAGUCUCAGAGGUCUUAAAGCUAUCAGGUGCUGCACUGUACAGAGUUUUUAUCUGUGUGUGAAAUUUUGUCUGUUGGAGAGUUUGAGCUUCAAAAAAAUCCAUCCCAGCCUUCAACAGAUCGUGUUUCGGUCGAAAGCAGAUUGUCCCGUCAUCCCAACUUUUUAUGCACAACACCAUGGACACCACACAGAAACUUAAAGCUGAUACAAAGUAACACAACUGGACAAAUACGCCCAAAAACAGGUUGAUAAAAUAAUGAAUCAGCAAGGAAAACAUGCUCAAUAUUAUUUAGAUUCUUAAUCACAUGCACAUUAGCAGCAUGUUGGUUCUUUUCAGUCACAUUAAAGCACUCAUGAAUGCCUUAUCCUGUAUGACUUUGUCCUACAAUUACUCUGGAAUUGAGGGGAGUUGGCAGAGAGUGAGAGGGGAGUGAGAGGGAAGUUGAAGGGGAGUUAGAGAGGAGUUGGAAGCAAGUCAGAGAGAAGUCAGAGGGAAGUUUGGGGGGAUUUAGAAGGGAAUUUGAAGGGACUAAGAGUUAACUAUUCAGAACUUUUGAAUUACUGCUUAUUGAUAGAAAGUAACACAUGUUUUACCAUGAGCUAUUUUCAUAGUAUGAUUUACUCAGUUAAUGAUACUGAGCAAAUAAUACUAUUAUUUAUUUCUUAAGCAACAGCUUUCUUACUCUACCAUAAAGCAGUGACUACAAGGUAAUUGAAGAAAUGUUCUUUGAUAAUGGGUUAUUAUUUGUAGAACAAAGUUGUGCAUUAUAAGGCAUAUGUAAGUGCUGUAGGAUCUCUAAUUAGGAAAAAGCAUGAAAGCAAUAGAGCAUGCUAUAAGGGCCUGUUUCCACUAACUGCAGUUUUUGUGCCGGUGGCACUUCUGCUUCCGUUAGUCGUGACCAUUAAGUUUGUUUUUAAAUGCCCUGUAUGCAAAAUAGUUGCUUUUAUGCAGUGGAACUUACAAAGAAACUUAAAAGCAAUUGAUAGAAAUGUUGUUGUAGCAUUAGCAGCAGCUCUAGACCUGCAUAAUAUAUCCUUGAAAAAACAAGUGCAGUUAGUUUCAGCUUUGUGCGGACCUUAGCUGAUGCUGUUGACAAAGUUGAUAUUGGAGGCCCCGCCCUUUCUUGAUGGAAUAGGGACAUGAAGAAAGGGCGGUGUUCUCAACAUUGAACUAUUUUCGACUGAGUACGCUUUCUAAGGCCAUUUUGGCCUUUAUACUGAGAGCUGAAAACACUCAACUGCUUUUGUUAAAAGGCCCCAAAACUGCUGCUAGUGGACACAGGUCCUAAAGCUAGUUGCUGAUGAAUUUUCUUACCUUUAAUAUAAUUAGUUACUAAACAAUCUCACCACAAGGCCAGUCUGUAGCUAAGUUGGAUAUUUAAUGAAUUCUCAUACAAGUUAGUUGACACUGAGAUUGAUUUGUUUUUUUUCUGAGGUUCAGAACAAGUUUUGAAAACAGUAUAGGUGAAAUAUCUAUAAAGUACUUGAACUCCAUGUGCUGAGAAAGAUGGUGUGAUACAAUUCAAAUCUCCAGAGUAGUCUUGUGGUCAGAUACCGGUCUGAAAGCAAAAUAUAAGACACAAUAGAAAGUUUGGAAUUUAACUUUUAAGACAGAAAAGAGACUUGAAAUUUCCGUUCUUUUUUUCCCCCUCUCCUCAAAGGACCAUACCUGUGUUUGUUGUAGCCACUUAAGCCAGAUCAUACAAACUUCAUGUUAACCGUCUGUAGCUUUGACAACAGUAGAAGUGGGAACACGGUUCACUGUGAACGACUGUUUCAGGUGUCUACAGUUAGAAAAACAGAAAGAAGAACAACUACCAGGCCGAAAAGAAAUGGAAGACAGUCAGCUGAAACAUGAGGAGAAUAAAAACAUUAGUAUGGUCCUUCCUUAAAGAUGCUGCUGUAUUAACUGCUGCUGUUAGUCAUCAUGAAACAGGAACACUAACUUACUGAUCAGACUGUUUCUUCUUCAGCUCUUACGGCUCGUGUUGCAUUAAAGUGUUGACAUCAGUGGAUGAAGGUUGUUAACAGCAGGAGCUGAUGUGUUUUCUGUUCGGCUGACUCAGAUGCACUCUGAAAUCUGAACCGUGAAUGUGCUUAUCUUUUCACAAAAUUAGUUUUUUAUUUUCCUGUGGACAGCGAAAAGUGAGCAGGGGCGUCUGAAAUGUCUUUUGAUUUAAUGUUCUUUUGAUUUCACAUCUAAUGAAAAGAUCCCUGAUAACAAGAAGCUGCUUGAAGUAAGAGAAAGGAACACAAUCUGUUUCACUGGAGGGGCUUCAGUUGUCGUGCAGAGUGUCUGUGGGAGAAAAAGCUUUAUUAACAAAUGUAAAUGAUUAUUUUUCUAAAAGUGGGAAAGUAGUGGGUUUUUGUGAGAGGCUGAAUGAGAGCACAGAGUUAAAACAUUUCAGUAAAUCUUCAGAAAUAUGACAUUUAUGGUCAUUAUAACAUUCAAUUGGAUAAAACUCUUGCUCAUAAAAAGCAAGUUAGUGUUUUGGGGUAAGACUCCAAGAAGAGCUGCUGUAAACAUGGGAGGAAACAGACUUCUGACAAUGCUGUGAAAAUACUCCUCUAACACGCUGGUUCUCCCACUGUUACACUCAGCGCUGCUUUAGAGCCUAACAUAGAAACAAAGUCUCUCAAAGUUUGAGAGCCUGACAGAGCGCUGCACAGGUUUUGUUUCUCAGCGUAGACUCACACUUGGUCUUAGCUUCUUCAUCACAAGUCAGUCAAGGUAAAAUCUAACAGUGAUUCACACAGAGGUUCAUAUCAGCUUGAGAAAUAAACAGUUGUAUAAUCCAUGAUUCUGGGAUACAAGUUGAAAUGUCUUAAUGCCUGUUAUGAAAGGAUGUCAUUUUUUAACGUUUUAUUAGAGUUUGUUCGUGUUUCGUCCUACAUGUUGAUCUCACCUAUGCCUAUUUCUCUAACAGUUCAGUUCAUGUUCUGAAAGUUAAGAUGUUUUUUUAAACAAGACUGAUCAAUUUGUUCUUUUUGUGAUUGAUUUGACAUUUAACAGUUAAAUUUCUCCUUUUUGAACAGCUGUUUUUGCGUUUUGUUUUUUGUUUUUUUUUAAUAAGCAUAUUUGUCUAUCCGUUGGGAUUAAGUGAUACGACUGUUGAGAUUGGGAUUGAUCUGGUAACAGGGUAUUCAUCUAUUAAAAGGACGGGAUGAUUUUACAUUAUGCAAAAAAAGGCUUGAAUUAAUUAGCACUUGUACAGAAAUUAAAAUGCUUAUUACUUAAUUUA